AUGUCUCUGGAUUCAAAACUGCCUGGCCACCGGCCUGAUAUGGCAGUAGUGCCAUCUAGGCCACACCCUGUCAAAGGAAAAGCCUUUCGAAUCCUCCUCCUCCUCGCUCUGGUCGCAUUUGCUAUUAUUCACAUAUAUGGCGGACUUGACAGAAGCAAGAGCGUUGAACAACAGCUGCCCAGUCCAACUCCCGAUAAGUCCUUUGAAUGGGAAGAUAUUACCCCCACCGAACAACUCGUAUACCAUCCAUGCUUUGACCAUUACGGAUGCGCUCGCUUGUCGCUUCCAAUGGAUUGGAAUCGAACGGAUGGCGAAGGGUCAAAGAUUGCCUUGGCUGUUAUCAAAGUUCCUGCAAAGGUACCUGUCACAGAUGCGCGAUAUGGUGGGGCCAUUCUUCUGAAUCCAGGUGGUCCUGGUGGAUCCGGAGUGAGCUUGGUCCUCAGAUAUGGGAAAGCUAUCCAGACCAUCGUCGACUCCCCAGAAUCGCCAAGUGCAGAUUCGGCGAGCGGAAAGUAUUUUGAUGUUGUCAGCUUUGACCCAAGAGGGGUUAAUAAUACAACACCUAAUUUAUCCUGCUUUCCUGACUCCGCGACGAGGAAAGCGUGGUUACUGCAGCUAGAGGCAGAGGGUCUACUUGGAAGUUCUGAAGGAGCCUUCGAUACUCGAUGGGCAAGGUAUGAAGCUUUUGGUAUGAGCUGCAAUCAGCAAGGAGUCACAGCGUCAAAGGAUGGUGAAUGGAUAGGAAAAUUUAUGAAUACAGCCCCUGUGGUGGCGGAUAUGGUUGAACUCGUAGAGCGCCAGGGAGAAUGGCGCGAACGAGAAACAGAGCGGCUCCUUUCGACGGAUUCGAACACGUCCCUCGCUGAAGCAAACUCGGACGCGGAGAGAAUAAGUCUGCACAAUCGCUGGAACAAAGGGGAGGAGAAGCUGCUCUACUGGGGUUUUUCUUAUGGGACAAUCCUGGGUUCCACGUUUGCAGCCAUGCAGCCUCAUCGCAUACACCGUGCUGUAAUAGACGGUGUCUGCAACGCUGAUGAUUAUUAUGCGGGCAACUGGCUUACCAACUUACAAGAUUCGGAUGAAGCAUUCGACAAGUUUUUCGAGUAUUGCCAAACAGCUGGGCCCUCAUCAUGUGCGUUCGCGCUGGGCGGAGAUCCCGAAGACCUCAAAUCUCGUUAUGAGCAACUUUUGACCAAUCUUACAUCGAGCCCUAUUGCCGUACCUCCCUCAGGAAACAGGGGACCAGAGAUUAUAACCUAUAGUGACGUGAAGUCACUGGUUGUGCAGGCUCUCUAUACUCCUUUGAAGUCGUUCGAUCUAGUGGCCCGGUUGUUGACUGAGCUCGAGCAAGGUAACGGCUCUUCCUUCGCUGAUCUCAAGUACGAAGCCAAACAAUGGCCAGCACCUCCUCCCUGCGAUUCCUCCAAACAGUACAAAGUACCUGGCGAGAGCGAUCAGGAGGCCUCGAGGAAUAUUCUAUGCACAGACGGUCCAGGCCUCGACGGAACCGCCAAGGAGGAGUUCCGGAGCUACUGGAAUAGGCUCCAGGGACAAAGUAAGGCGGUUGGAGAUUUUUGGGCUGAGAUUCGCAUGUCGUGUGUCAGAAUGGAGACGCGGCCUGAGUGGCGCUAUGAUGGCAACACAUCGCACCCGUUGCUAUUUAUCGGAAAUACUUAUGAUCCAGUAACUCCGCUCCGGAAUGCUCAUACUAUGGCGCGUGGAUUUCCUGAGUCAAUAGUGUUAGAGCAGAACUCCAUUGGACAUUGCACACUGAGUGGUCCAUCCUUAUGUACCGCGAAAGCAAUACGUCAGUAUUUCCAGACCGGAGAGCUACCAAGUCCCGGGACUGUUUGCCAGGUAGAUGAGCUUCCCUUUCAUCUUGCCGGACAGGAGAGAAGCCAGAUACUGUCGCCAGGGGACACGGAACUGAUGUCCGCAUUGCACUCGCUGAGCGAGGUGCGCCAUCCGCUAGGCGCGUGGAGGGGGUAA